ACUGCACGUAGAAUACAUUUGACCACUACCAGCUUUGGAGGAAGACUACAUUUGAUAUUGUCGGUUUGUAUGAUGGAGAGUCAUAUAAUGGUUAUUUCGGGAUUAGGGUCCGGGACUGUGCAGCAGGACGACUUGGUGGAGCUUCUGAAAUCGGAAGAGCUGGAGUUCGUGCACAUGGAAAUGGAAUCGGAGGAGCGAGCUACUGUCGAGUUCAUGGACUCUCAGCAAGGAGAUGAAGCUAUCAAGAAAUUGAAUGGAUAUGACCUGAUGGGACAAACACUGGUUGCAUGCUGGUCGAACGACGCUUCGGAGGAGAACGUUAAAAGCGAUACACGAGAAGCCGAUGUAGAAGAGGCCGCAACUCCUAUGGACGCCGACGAGCCACGGGAGGAGAACGGACAGGAGAGUGGCAAGGAGAGUAAAGCUGCUGGUGGAUCGCCCAACAUCACUGCACGUUCAAGCGAUGACUGGCGCGAACGCAGUGGUCGUUCAGACUGGAAAGCAGAUAGUACUGGUGACCAGGGUAAUUUUGAGCGCGAGGCAAGAAAAGAGGAUGGUGAUGAAAGAAGGGACAGUCGUGAUGACAGACGAGGUGUUGACGAUCGUAGGGGAGGUGGCAGGGACCAACGUUGUUACAAUUGCGAUGGUAUAGGUCACAUAUCCCGAGAAUGCACCGGACCACGUAGAGAAGGAGCGGGAGGUGGUGGAAGUGGCAAUUGUUAUAACUGUGGUAAAUCAGGCCAUAUAUCUCGCGACUGUGUAGAACCUCGUGACCCCAAUUCGAGUCGUCAGGAUGAUAGGAUGUGCUAUAACUGUAAUCAAUCUGGACAUAUUUCUAGGGAGUGUCCUAAAGGCGGCGGUGGCGGAGGAGGAGGUCGUGCCUGUUAUAAUUGCAAUCGUACCGGGCAUAUAUCACGGGACUGCCCGGAGGGACGUGGUGGAGGUGGAGGUGGCAAAGGGUAUGGCGGGGGCGGAGGGAACGGCGGAGCAGGAGGUAGUGAUCAGCGCUGCUACAACUGUAACCGCACAGGCCAUAUCUCUAGAGAGUGCCCAGAGGGUCCACGUCCACGCGGUGCAUGCUAUAACUGUGGUAGCGAAGGUCACAUAUCUCGUGACUGCGAGGCGAGCAAUGGAGGCGGUCGAGGAAUGGGUAGCAUUAGUGGUGCAAGAGGUCGCAGCCGUAGCCCCCGACGACGUGAUGACGACCGACGUGGCGGCGGUGACAGAUAUGACGUCCGGGAUGAUAGAUAUAAUUCUCGUGGUGGCGGUGGUGAUAGAUACGACUCUCGCGGUGGUGGCGGGGACAGGUACGAUUCCCGCGGCGGCGGUGGCGAGAGAUACGAUUCUCGUGGUGGCGGCGAUAGGUACGACUCGCGCGGCGGUGGAGACAGGUAUGAAACUUCUCGUGCUGGAAGCGAUCGACGGGGCGGUGAGCGAUUCGAUGAUAGACGGGGCGGUGGUGGUGGCAUUUACGAGAGCGGUAGGGGCGGUAGUGGUAGAUCCGACGGUCGAAGAGACGCCGGGCGACGCUAUGAAAGCCAAGUGCAAUCUGAUCUACGCUAUGCGUCUUAUGGCGUUGGUCGUGCUGCUGAUCGAGAAAAAGGGCGCGGCGGUGUUGGUAGAGGGGGCUACGAUGAUGCAGAUUAUGGCCACCCGGCUGAGGAUCCCAGAAGGGACAGCGGUUGGAAUGUGGGUGUAAGUGGUGGUGUAAGAAUGGAUGAUCGUUUGGGUGAGAGAUAUGGGGGGCUGAUUGACGAUGCCAGAAGGUAUCGUAGAGACGGAAGGUCACGUGGUUUUUCUCCAGAACCUGUUCGCGAUAUGGGUAGAGCGGCCGGAGGUGAGUGGGAUCGUUCGAGGAGGGCGGCUAGUGGAGGUAAUAGCAUGGGGGGAGUCGGUGUACGGGAUUCAUACGAUGAUCGCGGACGCGAUAGUACGCGAGAGGAGAAGGACCACUUCAGGAGUACCCAUCUAAGUGACAGCGCACGACGAACAAGUCAUGGCGUAGGGAGUUCGCGAUAUGUUGAUGAUAGGAGUGAAGAAUACUCUGCUUUUGCGAGAGAUCCCUUGGUUACAGGUGAAGACAGAUACAGGAAUACAUCUGUGAUUGGUCCGCCCGGCAGAGACAGCUAUAACGUUCGCGGGGACGUCGGUGGAAGUACCAAAGCUGGUGCUGCUAAUAUUGGAAGUUCGUUAGAGUACGGUGGAAGUGGUAUGAUUGAUGAGCGAAAUACACAGCGUGAUAUGGGGAGGUCGGCAAGAGGAGCUGAAUAUAGCAGUAGAGGUAGAGUGGAUGAGUAUGAAAGUAGGGGGUCUCAAGGUCACAAUAGAUACGUGCACAUUUCGCGGAUGAUGUAGCACAGUCAUUUCGAUAAGGGGCUUUGCGACGUUCGCGCCAUGCUAGCCAAACAACGUUCCAAACAAUUUAAUGCUUCCAGAUAUGAAUAGUCAGAAUGAUACGUUAAUCCCUAUAAUACACUUUGAUUGCGCCGCGUCUGCC